UUCCGCCCGCCGCCGCGCCCACCGACCGCGGCUCCCGGCUCCUCCCCUCCCCAGGCUCGCGCUCCAGCGGGCGAGGACCGAACCGUGGGCUGAAAGCGGCGGUGCGCAUGCGCGCCGAGGGCGUUGUCGCCGAGGCUAGAACCGGAAACUUGGAGACAAAGUUCAGAGUCCCACCCCCGCCGCGCGCCGCCUGCCCUCCGGCCCAGUCGACCCUCGACCCGCCGUCCCUGGCCCACGAGUGGACUAUGUCUGGCUCUUCCAGCGUCGCCGCUAUGAAGAAGGUGGUUCAGCAGCUCCGGCUGGAGGCUGGGCUCAACCGCGUGAAGGUUUCCCAAGCAGCUGCAGACUUGAAACAGUUCUGCCUGCAGAAUGCUCAGCAUGAUCCUCUGCUGACUGGAGUAUCCUCAAGUACAAAUCCCUUCAGACCGCAGAAAGUCUGUUCCUUUUUGUAGUCAAAUGAAUUUUUCAGAGUUUUGCAGACCACUUUUAACCAACUAUUCAGAAAAAAGAAAACUGAAGCCUGUACAAGCUUCCCCUUUCUUAACAUGUGCCAUAACACACAAACUUCUACUUUUGUCAGUCCUUAACAUCUACCUCUCUGAAUUUUCAUGAAUUUCUAUUUCACGAGGGUAUUUUAUAUACACUGGUGGCAGCAUACAAUAAAAUACUUAGUAUAAAAA